AUGUUACACGUACCCUAUACAUUCCAAAAUACCUUUGUUGCCGUUGUGGGAGAGUUUGUUGGAACUUUCAUGUUCCUCUUCUUCGCAUUUGCUGGUGGCCAGGUCUCCAACACCCCUAAGCCAGCUGAGGGGGCGGCACCAAACACUUCGAACCUACUCUAUCUGUCCCUUUCCUUCGGAUUUUCUCUGCUUGUGAAUGUCUGGACAUUUUACCGUGUGACGGGUGGCUUAUUUAAUCCAGUGGUCACUCUAGCUCUCUGCCUCUGCGGAGGCAUGCAUCCUGUUCGUGGUGUGUUAGUUUUUGCUUCUCAAAUUAUAGCGGGAAUUGCAUCAGCAGGCGUGGUUAGUUGCUUGUUCCCAGGACCUCUAAGUGUUGGGACCAGGCUGGGAGGUGGCACCUCAAUCUCCCAGGGCCUGUUCAUUGAGAUGUUCCUGACAGCACACCUGGUAUUUGUCGUGAUUAUGUUGGCUGUAGUGAAGCAAAAGUCAACGUUCCUCGCGCCUGUUGGGAUCGGCCUGGUUUUAUUUGUGAACCAACUAGUCGGAACCUACUAUACCGGCUGUGCCCUCAACCCUGCGCGUGCCCUUGGCCCUGACGUGAUCAACCGCAGCUUCCCAGGAUAUCACUGGAUCUACUGGGUAGGACCAUUACUGGGGUCUCUCCUUGCUUCUGGAUUCUAUGGUUUUCUCAGUAUAUUUCACUAUGAGACCGUUAAUCCGGGCCAAGAUUUUAAUCAGUGGGAGGCCGCUGCGGGCCCCGGCCCGUGGCACGAAGAAAUAAACAAGCACAGCGGUGCGCCAAACCAUUCACACUUAUCAGGUGAUCAGCCAACCCUCCAUCAAGACAAUGUGUGA